AUGACGGAAGGCCGCGCCGUCACUGCCGCCGCCUCUUCGUAUCCACCUCCGCUCGUCGAUCUGCCCGUCGAAGUCUUCCAUGCGAUCCUCUACCUCCUCCCGCCCGCCGACAUUGAGCAUCUCGCCCAGUCCUGCAAGCUGAUCCGGUACUCGAUCUACGGACACCACGGCAACGGCCACGCGCAACUCUGGGCCGCAAUUUUCCGCCUGCACUGGGAUCCUCAGCCGCUCGAAAGCGACGAUGCCGCAGCCGAGCGCUGGACGGCGCCCUUGCGCCUGAUCCGAGAGCGAGAGGCGGCAAAGCGCAGCCUCGACCGCGCCGAGUUCGACGAGACCGUCGUCGUCAAGCGGUACAACGAUGUCCUCGCCGCCCUCCUCGACGCCGCAGAGAGCCGCGCUCACGACGGCCGCAACGCCGCCUGGCUGGACAGCCUGGCCAAUGGCAGCAGCCAUCCGACGCCAUGGGAAAGGUGGAUCUACCCACGCUCGCGGCCCGAACACCUCGCAUCGUGGAAGCAGGCCGUUGCAAUGUAUCCGCAGGUCUACACCGAGCUCGACUCGGCAUCCGAGCGCAGCCGGGCAAAGCGGCGCAAGACGGCGACGGAGCCGUCCGUCGACUCUGAGGGCAGCUCCGCAGCCGCGUCGACCUCACCUCCCACGGCAGCGGCGCAGAGCGCCAGCACGGCGACGGCCUCGAGUGCUGCUAGACCCAGCAGGCGGCGCUCGCUUAGGAUCCUCAAGCGCUCCUUGCCCGACUGCCUCCAGAGCGUUGUCGACGAUGGCGCCGAGCACGACGCCGUCGCGCCAGAUACCGAGCUGGCGGCCCACCUCCACUGCCUGCACGGCCCUCGAUCGACCUUUAGGUACGGCGCCGCCGCCCGUGCUGCCGCUCGGAGGCGGGUCUACGACGCCGGCUGGACCGGCUGGGAGAACGGCUACGGGCCCUUCCACUUCUAUCGCCGGAGGGAUCCCGCUGCGCGCCAUGAUGGUCCCGACGACGCGGAUGACGACGACGACGGCGACGACGACGACGACAGCACCGACAGCGAGGAUAUCAAUCCCGAUCCGGUGCCAAUCUUCUUGGAAGAGAGCAGCGACGACGAAGCGCUGGACGAGGGCGAUGUCGAGAGCGACAGCUCCUCGGAGAUUCACCGCGCCUAUCAACGAAGAGUGGUCGCGAACAUCGACCGGGACCUCAAUGAUUUCGGUUCGGAAGACGGCCAUGACAGCGACGACGACGACGACGGUGGCGACGCCAGUUUCCACCAGACAUCCGAUGCGCCCGGCUCUGGCGAGGGGCAGGUCCCGAUCGAGUUUGGCCGAGACAGGAACGGACGCGGCAGGGGAAGGCCCCAUGGCGAUGGCGAGGGUGAAGUCAAUGACGAUGACGAUGGCAAUGGCAAUGACGGUGGCGACAACGACGAUGAGGUCGACGACGAUGAUGACGACGAGGAUGACGACGAUUUCGACCUCGACGGCUUCAUGGACCCGAUGGGCCUGCGGGAGCUGCUCCGGGGCGGCCUCGUGCGCAACCACACCGGCUGCUAUGUCCGCGACCAAGCAGACGCCUACCACCAGAAGCUCGUCGACGAGGGCAAGAGGGAGCCGUUGCCCGUAUCGGAUGGCGCGGAACAGGCGCAGGGCGAGGGCGAGGGCGAGGGCGAGCGGUUGCCCGCAGCCACCGUGCUCUGCGGCAAGCGCAUCGACUGGAAGACGGUUGAGGCCAUCAUGAUCGUCAUGCACGCCAACCUCGAGGAGGCGAGGACGAUGAACUGGGGCCUCGGCCUGCAGCUGCCCAAGAAGACUGACUCGACGACCGGCGCGACCGUCGAUCCGAUGGCAGACAAGCGGCUGCUCGGCAUCCCGAGCGGCUGGUCGACGAGCCUGGGCGAUCGCCCCGGCUCCCUGGCCGACUCUCCCAACUUCAAGCCUUACGACUGGGCCCGCGUGGAAGGCUUCUGGGCGGGCAGCUACGCGUUUCUGGACUACUCGGUGUUUAUCGCGUCCAAUGCCGGAUUCGCGCAGCAUCGGGCGGCGCUGAUGAACUGGGCCAACGCCAAGGGCCAGCCCGAGUCGAACGGUACCAAGGCACCGCGCAACGGCCGUGCGGCCGAGGCAGCGCCGGUGCCGUGCCUGGCGGGCGUGAGCGACAGCAAGCACCGGUGCGAGCUGUGUCUCGUCCUGCCGACGCUGCAGAGCACCGAAGAGGCGUUUGGCGACCUGCUCCAGAUCCGCAUGGGGCUGCUGCCGCUCCCGGGCCAGACGCUCGGCACCGGCGGCGAGCAGAGGCCAAGCGACGAGCCAGCUGAGGAGCAGUGCGACGGCAGGUACCCGCCCCUCCGGUUCCGGGGCAUGACAUGUGUGACGGGAUCCGACCAGACGCGCGCCACCAUCCACGGCACGGUGCGACCCAUCUAUGGUCCGCGUCGGGGCGCGCCUCGGGCCGGCGGCAGCGGUGACGGGUCGAGACGGAUCGAGGGGAUCCACUGGUCCUUUGUCCACGGCUACGAGGGCGAAGACCGGUGGCAGUCGGAAGCCAUCCAGCCGGGUCCUCCGGGCACGCGGGCGCCCAUGUACGCCAUCUGGACCGAUGCGGGCCACGAGCGCAACAGCCCAAACGGGCCCGCGGCCUACUGGCGCAUGGACGAGCGGCCCUGGAAGGAGGUGCGCGAGCUGCUCGCCGACGAGGCGAGGCAGCAGGCGCGCGAGCGUCGCUGA